GGCGGUUGUAGGGUUUCGACAGUUAUGUAAAUGGUAAUACGGUAUAUCGGCCUUUAUUAAGAAAGUAAAGUUGAAUGCAGUCUUAGAAGUAAUGCAGUGAUUGUUCGUGUAGGAAACAAAACAAUGCCCAACGACAAAUAUACUUGAAACUGAGAAACAUACGUUCAUCGAUGCCAAACUACUCGGGAACGACUCUACGGAAUGCAAUGUCUGUUCCCAAGGAUUGUCACUCAUAUGAUCGGGACAGUAGUAGUGAUACAGAGGAUUACCACGAUUCUGAUGACAGGAGGAGAAGGGUCUAUCAUAAAAAUAGGAUGAGUUAUGGAUCAUCAUCAAAACCAAAGCCAUGUUUAGUCCAGAGACAGGGUGGAGGUGUUCCAAAUGAUCAGCGACCGCACCUUGUAGCAACCCCUAAACAGUCGCUUAACAUGGCCCCUAGAAACAGGUCUCGUACACAGCACCACUCACUGGGGCCAGCAAAGAACCAGAUGAACAGGGACACAGACUCUAUCCAGGCUGCUACUUCAUCUUCGAACUUGACCGUCACUCCUUUGAGUGAUGAACGAAUCACUCUAGUAGUAGACAACACACGAUUCAUCUUGGACCCUGCCUUGUUCACCGCGCACCCCAACACUAUGCUUGGCAGGAUGUUCAGUUCUGGUAUUGACUUCAUGCAUCCAAACGAACGUGGAGAAUAUGAAGUUGCUGACGGAAUCUCUGCAACAGUGUUCCGCUCAAUCCUGGAGUAUUACAAAGGUGGCUUAAUAAGAUGCCCCCCUACAGUUUCCGUGCAGGAGUUGAGAGAGGCUUGCGACUACCUACUCGUUCCGUUUGAUGCUCACACCGUCAGGUGCCAGAAUCUCCGAGGUUUGCUGCACGAGCUGUCCAAUGAAGGGGCACGCUGUCAGUUUGAAGUGUUCCUCGAAGAGCUGAUCCUUCCUCUGAUGGUGAACUCGGCGCAGCGUGGUGACCGUGAAUGCCACGUUGUUGUUCUGUUGGAUGACGAUGUAGUAGACUGGGAUGAGGAGUACCCACCACAGAUGGGGGAGGAAUACUCACAAACUGUUAACAGCACUGCAAUGUAUAGAUUUUUUAAGUACAUAGAAAAUCGUGAUGUGGCUAAACAAGUUAUGAAGGAACGUGGAUUGAAGAAGAUUCGUCUUGGAAUAGAAGGGUAUCCUACUUACAAAGAGAAGAUUAAAAAGAGGGCUGGUGGACGAGAGGAGGUGAUCUACAACUAUGUGCAGAGGCCAUUCAUACAUAUGUCAUGGGAGAAAGAGGAGGCUAAGAGCAGACAUGUUGAUUUUCAGUGUGUCAAAUCGAAGUCAGUGACGAACCUGGCAGAAGCAACGGCUGACCCAGUUCUCGAGCUCGAUGCUAGAGGCAACCCCAUUCCUGCUCCAGCAGUGCAGGGGACAGAGCAUGAGGAGGGAGCUGUUGGAGGUAUUCUUCCCCCACAACCCUCUGCAAAUGAGCCAUACCCAGAACUGCCUCUUCCACCCGAGGAGACGCCAUAAUGUUGAUAUGUAUGAGGACCGAUGUAGGUUUCAUAUUGUGUGUUUUAACAUCCAUCCAUUCAUGUUGACAGCUUAAAAUUUGGCUUUUGUACUGAAUGAGUAUAAGCGCAGUAUUUAAAUGUGUUCUGUCUUCCAUGUUCUUUAUGUAUCUUUAUUUAUGCUGAGAGGUUCAAGCAGAGGUUGGUUCUGCAUAGAGGCGUGCAAGCUUGAUAAUUUUAAGUCUGAGCUGAGCCUUACAAAACUUAUGAGCUCCAAACUUCAGCUCUGAUCUUGAAAUAAGAAGUCAGUAAGGUGAAUUAAGUUUGGAAGUUCCAUGGCUGAUAUUCAUUUCAGCACAAUUUUAUCUAAUGUGAUACACUGAUUCUCCUGAAUAAGUUAGCACACUAACUGUAUCAGUUGCUGCUCCUUUAACUGGUCUGCAUGGCCACUGUUCAUCCACUAAACUGUUAUGAUAAUUUUUCAGCAGUUCACACUACUUACAUUUUUUGAUGAUAACUGUCAUAUUGUGCAAGCAUUUUGUGGAAGAUUUCACCCGGUUUAAUUCAUUCUGACACGAUAAAUUGAAUGACACAUCAGUGUCCAACUGUGGUACAGUCUGAAAGGGGGGGGGUCUAACAUUUUGGAAACGGCUGGUGACAUUAGUGCCAACUUUGUACGGAGGCUUUUAAUACUAUAAGUUCAUACAUUCGGUAGUGAGUAUAGGAAAAAGUACUCAAGUUGAUACAUGUGUGUACGUAAACUAAAUUCUGCUUAUUCAUUGCAUGAGUGACACAUGGGGGGAUCAGUAAGGAGUUUAAUACUGUUCUUCUAAA